AUGCCUCCGAAAUCGAGAUUUACAAGGCUUGAUGCCUUUACCAAGACUGUCGAUGAAGCGCGAAUCCGAACGACCAGUGGUGGUAUCGUCACGAUUGUGUCGCUGCUGGUGGUCCUCUUCCUGUCUUGGGGUGAAUGGGCAGAGUACCGUCGCAUCGAUAUACAUCCUGAGUUGAUUGUGGACAAGGGAAGAGGCGAGCGCAUGGAGAUUCACCUCAACAUCACCUUUCCCAAGAUGCCCUGCGAGCUAUUGACGCUUGAUGUCAUGGAUGUCUCUGGUGAGCAACAGCACGGUGUUAUGCAUGGUGUCAACAAAGUCCGUCUCCAGUCCCAGAGCAAGGGAGGCGCCGUUAUCGAUACCAAGUCCCUCUCACUUCACGACGAUGCCGCCCAUCACCUCGACCCCUCAUACUGUGGUGGCUGCUACGGUGCUCAAUCCCCCGCCAAUGGUCAAAAGGCAGGCUGUUGUCAGACUUGUGACGAAGUCCGUGAAGCUUAUGCUCAGGCCUCGUGGGCCUUUGGUCGCGGCGAGGGUGUUGAGCAGUGUGAGCGCGAGCACUAUGGCGAGAAGUUGGAUGCGCAACGUGAGGAGGGCUGCCGCAUUGAGGGAGGUCUACGCGUGAACAAGGUCAUUGGUAACUUCCAUUUCGCUCCCGGACGAAGUUUCAGCAGCGGUAACAUGCACGUUCACGAUCUUAAGAACUACUGGGAUGUGCCCAAGGGUUUCUCGCACGACUUCACUCACCAUGUCCACUCCCUCCGUUUUGGCCCUCAACUCCCCGACCACAUUGCUCGCAAGGUCGGCCACAAGAACACGCUCUGGACCAACCACCACCAGAAUCCUCUCGACGACACUACCCAGGAGACCCACGACCCCAACUACAACUUUAUGUACUUUGUCAAGAUUGUGCCGACUUCAUAUCUUCCUCUUGGUUGGGAUAACAAGGGCAUCAAGAUCGCCGGUCUCUUGCAGGAAGACAACGCCGGCCUCGGCGCCUUUGGCUAUGCCGAGGAUGGAAGUGUCGAGACUCACCAGUACUCCGUGACCAGCCACAGACGAAGCCUGGCAGGCGGUAACGAUGCUGCCGAGGGUCACGCAGAGCGCCAGCACACCAGUGGUGGUAUUCCAGGUGUCUUCUUCUCCUACGAUAUUUCGCCCAUGAAGGUCGUCAACCGUGAAGAGAAGGCCAAGACUUUCAGCGGUUUCCUUGCUGGCCUUUGCGCCAUCGUUGGUGGAACUCUGACCGUGGCUGCUGCUGUUGACCGAGGCUUGUUUGAAGGUGCGGCACGUCUCAAGAAGAUGCGAUCCAAGGACAUGGUAGGCGUUCUGGGCAUAUAA